ACAAACAGUGUGACCACACCUCUGCCCAUACAGUUUGUUUUUUUUUUCACACAGCACAGAAACAAAAGAAUCGGCAAUUUAGCCGCAGAUCAGACGGCGCAAAUCCCGAUCCAGGAUGAGGAGCGUCGAGGAGAUCAAGGCGGAGUACCCGCUGCACUGGCACAUCUGGCACAACGAACUGGAGCAGCUGCAGGCGGCCAUCGACCAGAACGACAAGGAGAAAAUCGAUCCCCGCGGCCGGACGCCACUGAUGCUGGCUGUCAGAUUGGCCAAUUUACCAUGCGUUAAAUGCCUUCUGGCGGCCAAGUGCAAUGCCACCUAUGAGCACGAAGGCUGGUCCAUUGUUCAGGAAGCUGUCUGCACCGGCGAUGUGGACAUACUGACGGCCAUCAUCGAAGUCAGAGAUCUUCAGCGCCAUGUCCAGCGGGUGACGCAUGUGCCUAAGCUGCUGCAGCACCUACUGGAUGCUCCCGACUUUUACAUCGAGAUGAAGUGGGAGUUCACCUCCUGGGUGCCUCUGAUGUCGCGUCUCUGUCCCAGCGACACCUACAAGGUGUACAAGCGCGGAGCCAACGUCCGGAUAGAUACCACCCUGCUGGGCUUCGACAACAACACCUGGCAACGGGGCAACCGCUCCUACAUCUUCAAGGGAGCCAAAGAAACUGCCACAAUGAUCGAGAUCGAUCACGAUACAAACGAAGUCAUGGUGGAGGAGAUGAGCAGCGAUAUCGGUGAUAUUGUGGCCAUUCCACCAGCCUUAGGCACUGUGAGGGCGCGUCUCAAUGCCCCGGUGAUCACGAACAACAUCGAGAUGGACAAGAUUAGCUUUGAGCGCAACAAGUGCGGCAUAUGGGGCUGGCGUAGCGAAAAAUCUGAGAUGAUCAACGGCUACAACUGCAAGGUGUACGGGGCCAGCAACGUGGAGUUCGUUACAAAGACGCGAAUGGAUCACCUUAGCGAGGAGCAGAUCAAGAACAAGACAGCGAGGACACCACUCCAUAGCCUGCUGGGAAUUGCUGAUGAGGACUAUGUGUCCCCCGCUGAUGCCGCUGCGGCACUCAAAGAUCGCUCCCCAUCACCCCGGUUGGGAGAAGGUUCCAUCGCCGGAGUCGAAAAUGGUGGCCGAAACUCACCAGCUCCUGGAAACCAGAGCAACGGAAGUUCCGCCUGUGCGUCGGGCACCAGCACACCCAAGUCUUCCGUUACCCCGGAGGAGUAUUUCACUCAGGAGGUUGAUCUUCACGGAAGGGAUGUUGGCGGUCCCAAGAAUCUGAGCACAAAGGUGCAGCGCUUUAGAGCCAACUUAUGGUUAGCCGAGGAGCACCCCAUUCGACUGCAGGAACAAGUGCUUCCCAUCCUGGAUCUCAUGUCCACCAUGGCCAGUCCACAUGUGUCCAAGCUAAGAGACUUUAUCACCAUGCAGCUGCCUGCUGGUUUUCCAGUCAAAGUGGAAAUCCCGCUCUUCCAUGUUUUGAAUGCCUGUAUUACGUUUGGAAAUGUAUUUGCUUUAACCACGCCCGUGGAUCACGUGGCCACGCUGCAGGAGCAAGAUCGCGUCACUUGUUUGGUCGAUGAUCGCUGCUUCGAUAUCCCGGCUCACUACACAAACAGGGGCAGCGAUGUCCGUCGUCAAAUUCCCCUCGAUGAGGAUGACAUGCUGCAGUAUGCCAUUGAGCAGAGUUUGGUGGAAACAAGCGGAGCCUGUGGCGUGGACGCCCGGGACGACGACAAGGUGGACAUAUGGGAAGUGCUGAGGGGCCAAAACGUCGUGGGCUCCGAUCUCCUGCCGGAAGAUGACGAGCAGCUGCAACGAGUCCUGCAGGAAUCACUGCUGGGCGCCCAUGCGAAUCUGCAAAGCGGCUCGCCCGCCUCCGAGGACGACGACGAUGGAGGAUUCCGGUAUGUGGAUCCCGAUUUGGCCAUGGCCAUGCGACUGUCGCAGCAAGAGCAGAGGAAAUUCGAACUGGAGCGGCAGCAGGAGCAGGAGAUGAUCGAGCAGGCGCUGAAGCUUAGUCUGCAAGAGCACUAAUAUACUACCAGCAAUUCCAAAUUGAAGUUAUAUUGAUUUCUAGUGUAACCUUCGGGCUAAGUUGUAUAAAUAAUACCGAGAGUACUUUAA